ACCCCCAGUUCUCGGCGAGGAAAGCUGGAACUGCUUUUCUUCUACUCUCUCCUCCCGUUUCUCCAAAUCCUGUGUCUUUUGCUCCCAAGUAGCUCUAUUGGCUUUCCCUCGGUCUUUAAGUACACACCCCGCGCCCACUUCCAAUCCCGGUACUUCGACCAAGUUAGGGUGAGGGAUCGAAGAUUAUCUCGAUGGAAUCAGAUAAUUAGCGAUUGCUCUGCUUUGAUUCCCCGGCUGUUUGUGCUUGCGUGGCAUGUGAGGCAUAAUGGGGUUGUUCUGAGCUUGUUGGAAUGAACACAGUGGUUUCUGUACGUGUGAUUACACUCUGCAUACAGUCUGUCUGACUUAAUUGAUUCUGUUCCAGGUAGGAGUCAAGAGAAUAGGCGAAGAAGCUAGUUCACUUGCAUUUCUCACUAUUCCUGAUUAUGGGGUGUUCUGGAAAUAGGUGAAUGAAAAGAUUUGGUAUCUAUUAUUUAUUAUCCUGUCCAUACAAUCACUUCUAUCAAGCUGGAUGCUCUUAUAUAGGAUUAGGGAGAUGGUGGCUUCUGUUUAGUAAUGAGAUUUCUGGGUGAAACAAUUAUACCUGAAGGAAUUUAUUGUCUUCCACACAAGAAUCCGUAUUCUCACUCUUCUCAAACCGAGGCAGUGGAGUUUUUCCAAGAAACUGAAAUGGAUGAUUUCACUGAUCCCUUCCUUUCAUCACAAACAUGGCCAGAUACAAAUACAUCUGCAAGGUCCUCUUGGGCUGGCACUGCUGUAUCUCAGACGACUAGCUUACUUGCUGGUUUGUCGGAAGCAUAUGGAGAUGCAAAGAACCCGCACAUAUGUGCGAUACCUUCGAGUCAUAUUAUUGGGAAUGCAUGCACAGAAGAAUUAAAUCUUCAUAGCCAUGAUAGCACCUCUUCCAUCUUCAUUCAUGAAAAUAUCAAAUAUGAUAUUGAUAAGAACAUGUUUCCUGGUGAGAAAUUAUCUCUGCAUAACCUACAUAGACAAAACUCGCAACCAUCUCUCCAGGAUAAUGUGACACAGGAAAGUAGUUUCUCACUACUGGGGGUUAUUGAGAGUAAUUCAACAGCAGGAACAUUUGGCUCAGAUGUGAAUCCAUCGUGCUCCGUAGCAUUUCCUCAUAGCUCACUGACCAUGUCUGCUUCAAUUGAGAGCAACGGCGGUGAAUUAUCUGCCUUCACACAGUCACUUGGAGAUGCUCAUUCAAUUUCUUCAUUUCCAGCAAUGUGGCCUUCAUCAUACCCAGGUGUUUCUUCUUUAAUGGGACAGGGGAGACUACAAACAUUUGGUUUCCAAGGGUUGGAAAGUGACAAUGUUAUAUUGAGGAAAACAUGUGUUGAGAAUGGCAAGUUUGCACAGCUGGAAGAUUUGCCUGCAGCAUCUCUCCAUGAACAUAAUGAGCUUCACAACCCUAUUUUUCCUUCUUUCAGUGGUGGACAACAGAAUAAAUUGGCUGGUGGUGAUUUGCAACAACAAGAGCGAAAUGGGUUACACAACCUUUGUUUGCCCUCUUUGGCUUCUCAGCCGCAAAUGUCAUCAACUAAAACAGCAGGAAUACAGAUGUGUCAACAGUUGCCACCAUCUACUGAAGGAAAUACUUGCAAGCAUCACAUGAAUCAUUCUUCUAGUACUCAAUCACAAUCAACUCCAUCUACUGCUGGUGGUUGCAAUGAAGCUGUCAAGCCACGUGUGAGGGCACGCCGUGGUCAGGCCACGGAUCCGCAUAGUAUCGCAGAGCGGCUUCGGAGAGAAAAAAUUGCAGAAAGAAUGAAGAAUCUGCAGGAGCUUGUGCCGAAUUCAAAUAAGACAGAUAAGGCAUCAAUGCUUGAUGAAAUCAUUGACUAUGUCAAGUUCCUUCAGCUGCAAGUCAAAGUUUUAAGCAUGAGUCGGUUGGGUGCUGCUGGAGCAGUGGUCCCCCUACUUACAGAUUCUCAAACUGAGGGCUGUGGUAAUCUGCUCCUAUCAUCACCAUCAGUCAGGCUGGGAGCAGAUCUAUCUGAGUCGCAGGAUAGCUUAGCCUUCGAGCAAGAAGUUGUUGAGCUGAUGGAGGCCAGUGUCACCAUGGCAAUGCAAUACCUUCAGAGCAAAGGCCUCUGUCUCAUGCCAAUUGCUCUUGCCACUGCAAUAUCUAAUCAGAAAGGCUCCUCCUCCAGUGCCAUUCCACCGGACAGAAGGAAACCUGAUGUGAUCCAUGGGGUGAUCUGCCCAAGCAACCAGUGCAUCAUGGACAACGGGCCUACUGUUAAACAAGAAGAGGCUCAGAAACCGAAAGGCAAUGCAAGGGAGUUGAAACCCAAGGCAUGAAAGCUAACUUCAAGUUUCCGGUAUCAUCUCUAAUUUGAUUGCUUUUGGGACUUUAGUUUUGAUCAGCAGGCUGAUAGGCUUAUUCAGCAUACAUGCAGAUGUCCAGAUAGAUAUUUUGUGUACCAUACAUGUACAUGUAUGUCGAUGCAUGUAUUUAUAUAUGAAGUAAAUAAAUAGAUUUAUUGGUAUAGAUUUAAUGGAUCUGUGAGAUAAAUGAAUUGUACCGUGUGGUUUUAAAAUAUGUUGACGGUUUAAGACAGCCCAAGCUUUA